UUAAGUGUUGGUGCUUCUGCUUCGGGGUAGAAAAUUGUAGAAGAUAUAGACCAUAAAUCGGAAGGGAAACGGAAAAGCACAUUUCCGGCAGUUUCUGCACGUAUGCAAGCGUCCGAACGUACAACAAAGUGAUUGGAAUCAGAAGAAUCGAAUAAUUUUUACCUUCCGCUUAGUUUGAACCGUGAUUGAAGUGAUAUUCUCUCCAGGUAGAGAGUUUUGGAAAAUAGUGUUGAAGGAAAUCAUAAGUAGAACCUACGUAUCGCGCCAGUGUGUGAUAGUAAUCGCUGCUUUGUUUACAAUUUCUUAUCAGUGCCAGUAAUGUGUGUGAAUGAUUGAGUUUUCUUUUCGUGGUGCUUGACGAAAAGCGAAGGUGCCCUAUUACGUGGUCAUUGUGCGGUUCUGAACAAGGCGAAAAAUGUGAACCGAGAUCCGCUCGACACAAGAGCAGUCAGCCAAGCAGGAAUCGCGUUUUUUUGCUUCUCGUACACAUCAGGCACCUCGCCCUCGUACCACUACUACUGUUGCCAUCAUCGUCGUUGUCGGACGGCCACAGUGAACGCUGUAGGUACAGUGCACCACGCAAGGGAACCAACCCGCUUCGCAUUGAGCGUGUGACGGACAGGGAGAGGAGCAGGCCUUGGUUUCCGUCAGUCACAUCAGCACCAUCAUCAUCAUCAUCGUCAUCGUCAUUAUCAUCGGAUCGGCAUCGGCGGUAGCAGCGACAGGCAAAAUACGGCUGCUUCGCUGCAAACAGGCAGCAGCGGCCUACUGCUGCGUACCCUUCGGUUUCAGAAGCUUGCUUUUCUCGUGACCACAACGGCUAGUAGUGUGUAUCGAACCUAGCGCUCUGGUUUGUUGCGAAGUGAAACAAGAGUCAAUUAAUUUGGAAUAAUUUGAGUGUAGUUUUUCUAAGUGAUCAUGUCAUACGCACCCGGUGAUUCCGAUCAGGAGAUGAGCGCUGUAGGCAGACAGCGCCAUUUACCUAUGCAGAAUGGAACUGCUCCUGUGUUAGGUGAUAGUAAUGAGGUAGCCAUCCUUAGGGAAGAAAAUUGCCGGCUGUUGACCACUUUAGUUGAGUGUAAUAAAACGCUUGAGAAUACCAAGCUUCGAUACGGAACAGUAAAACGGGAGUUCUAUGCAGCGAAGAAACGUCUGAAACGGAUGGGCGAUAAGCUGCAAGCACUAUCCGGGCACGGUGGCACUGCACCGGAUGGUAGUGAAAGCGGAGAAAGUACUCCGGCCCAGCAGGCGACAGGGGCCGCCUCCGCAGCCGACGUGGACGAUGAUGUCCGCAAGAAGUGGAAGGAACCGAACGUUAAAGCGGCCGUCAAGCUAAAAGCGGCCAUCGGUGUGCAUGCGUACCAAUCGUUGAUCAAGGAUGGCGAGCUACAGUUGCCUAGUCUGCGCACAAUUUCGCGCUACGUGGACGCACUGAAGAAGGCCGGACUGAGGCCAAACUAUGAUUUCAACGUGCGUGACACGGAAUCGGUCGGCCGGCUGUUCGUGGAGGAAGAGGACAGCGGCGAUGUCGAUCACAAUCGAAACCAGCAGGCAAAGCCACAGCAGCGGCAUUCCAGGGACGUAUCCGAUACGGAGGAUCCGGUUAAUUUCAGUGUUCACCCCGAUAUCAGUUUCUAUCCGGGAAAAAUAGAACCCGAAGACGGUGAUGGUGAUGAAGACAACGCUUCCGAGCUGUACCAAAAUGGGUCCGUCAAUGGAGAAACGUACCAUCAUGGCUCGCAGCAGGAUCACCAUCAACAGCAGCAAGAGCAACAGCAGCAGCAUCAUCUACAACAACAACAACAACAACACCACCACCACCAGCAACCGCUGCAGCAAACCCUAACGGGCGCUCACAUCGAAUUCCUGAAAUCCAUGACCGGCUUCCGGAAGAAGUGGACUCCAUUCGAGUUGCGCACCUGCAUGGACAUACGGCGGAUAAUCGGCAGCAAGGAGUACGAUUCGCUGCGGAAGAACGAUGGCAUGCCACUGCCCAGUGCGAAAACGUUGCGCAAGUACAAACAUGCGGCCCACCUGGACGGGGUGGAUGUGAUGAGUCGGAAGCGAAGCUACCGAGAGAUGGUGGAAGGUCUAGUCACGCCGGGCGCCAACGGGGGCACGGUGAAUGGAACCGGUCCGUUCGGGGACUACAUGGAUGAUAUUAUGAACGCCGAAGAGCCGGAAGGAUUCUUCGAUAUCAACGGCCUGAGCGAGCAACAGAUUGAUUUCUUGCAGGCAUUAUCCGGCAAUACCAAGGGUUUCUCCGACUUCGAGUUGCAAAAAACGCUGGAAUUGAAGAACGAACUUGGUGGGAAGAAUUACGAAAUCCUGCGCAAGCAGGAAUGCUUGCACAUUCCAACGUUGGUCAUGCUCAAGCGGUAUGAACAAGAGAAUGGAUUGGAGGAUCUCUCCGAGAUGGUUGUCGCGGAAGAUUUGGAUGACGAUGAAGAAGAGCAGGAACCGGAGCAAGAACUGGAACCGGAGAUUGAUCUCGAAAUUGAUCAUGAAGCAAAGCCGAUAAUCGAAAAUGGUGUACAGCAGCACCACCAGCAGCAGCUGGAGCAAUUUGCGGCGGAAGUUAACGGAGCGGGCGAAGAUUCGCACAUGGGCAUCUUCGAGCAUCAUUCCAUCUUCGAUAAGGAUGACGUACCCUCGUUUGAUAUGAGCAAACUGUCCCAGCAUCAUAUGGAAUUUCUGAAUACACUGCCGGAAAACCCGAAACGAUGGACGCCACAUAUGAUCAACUCAGCGUUGGAUAUUAAAAACGAAAUCGGCACGCGAGACUACGAAUUGCUGCGUAGGCAGGGUAUUCCGCUACCCGCAGCUAGAACCCUCCGAAGGCACAAGGACAUUAAAAGUAGAGUAACCGAGGGAGAAGCACUCUAGGGGUCGUCCAAAGUGCGGUUGGGUUUUUAAUUAUAGAGGUACCUGUACUAUAUAGCAUAAUAGUGCGAGGAGAAGCGUUCAUCCUCUUUUUAUAUAUAUAAGAAUAGGUGUUAGAUUGUAUGACAUCAACAAGAAAUGGAGCCAAAUAUUCGGAAGAUUCAAUUGCGUGUGAAGUUUUCUUUGUGAAUUGAAUAGCAGUAGUUGAUCGUCGUUGCCUACUAGCGAAGGAAUGACCGUUAGAAGUGUACAUUUUUAAAGAUUGUUUACUCUAAUUUGUACUAAACAAAUUAAACAAAGAGGGAACGAAUAAAUGAUAUG